UUCACAUAGUAAACUUCUCCACGGCGCGAACGUUCAACAAGGAAAUAGAGUAGUGAUGGCAAAUUGUGACGUCAAAUUUGAUAAUCAAAUAUGCUAAAGAUAAAAGGAAAAAUAAAGAGAUGUACAAAGUGGAGGAGAUAUCCAGAGCCAUUACAGAGAUGCUGUAUUUAAAUGUGAAGAGGUAGUUUUUAAAUUGAUGGGAAAGGAGAGAAACCCUCACUACAAAGGGGCCUCACUUUACUGAAUACCAUGGAGAAAAGAAGUUUGAACAUUAAGGAAGAGGACUGCGAAUGGGAACGUAUGCACCCUCUGCUGAAGAAUCCCGACAUUAAAGAAGAGGAUUAUGACUCUGCAGCUAUAAGCAUUAAAGAAGAAUCUGCAGCAGCAUCUGACAAUACCCAACUGCAGAACAAUGAACUUGAACAUCAUGUCAAGAAAGAAGAUAUCAAAUCAGAUUCUGUCUCUCAGUGUGUAUGUUCACAUGAAGAUAUGCCUGAAUCAAAUAAGUACUUAUCCUUACAGAAUCAUUCUGUCCAUGGGAACUCGGAAUGUCUGAAGUCUGACAUGAUGAUAAAUGAGAAGGCAUCAGAUUUGUGUCAUACUGAAGACUUACAAAUAAACAGACCAUUCUGCCUGUCUUCAUUUCCUCAAACUGUUCUUAACCACAGAUUACAUCAAGAUGAAAAUGUGAAAAAACUGACAACUUUGUGUAGUUCUCUGCCUGUUGUAAAGUUAUCAAUAGUAGACACCAUCAGCACUCAAAAAAUGUCACUUAAUACAAAGCUAACGGCUUUGAAUGCCUGUCGAAAGCAGAGAUCAUCUAAACAAAAAUCUAAAACCAAACCUAAAUUGAGCCUUAGAAGACCAAAGCCAUAUUAUUGUUCUAAAUGUGACAAACAACUCUUCUCCAGCAGUAGUUUUAAGAUCCACUCAAGAAUUCACUCUGGAGAAAAGCCGUAUUGCUGCACUGAAUGUGGAAAAAGGUUCUCCAGCAGUACCAGUCUUCAGAUGCACACAAGAACCCACACUGGAGAGAAGCCAUAUUGGUGUUCUGAAUGUGGCAAACGAUUCUCUUGCAGUAGUCACCUUCAGACCCACAAAAGAAUCCACUCUGGAGAAAAGCCAUAUUGCUGUUCUGAAUGUGGUAAGCGAUUCUCCAACAGUAGCAAUCUUCAGAAACACAUAAAGACUCACACUAAAGACAAGUCCUAUUCCUGUCCUAAAUGUGGCAAACAGUUCUUCUCCAGCAGUAGUCUUCAAGGCCACAUAAGAAUUCAUUCUGGAGAGAAGCCAUAUACCUGUUCUGAAUGUGGUAAACGAUUCUCCCGGAAUAGCAAUCUUCGUAUCCACAAAAGAAUUCACACCGGAGAGAAGCUAUAUUGCUGUUUUGAUUGUGGUAAACAGUUCUCGCAAAAAGGUAAUCUUGAGAAGCAUACAAGGAUUCACACUGGAGAAAAGCCAUUUUGCUGUUCUGAAUGUGAUAAACAGUUCUCCAGCAGUACCAGUCUUCAGAUUCACACAAGAAUUCACACUGGAGAAAAGCCAUAUUACUGUUCUGAAUGUGGUAGACAAUUCACCAGCAGUGGUAAUCUUCAGAGGCACACAAGAAUUCACACUGGAGAGACAUCUGGUUGCCAGUUGGAAGGUCCUAAUGACCGAAAGAUUGUCCACAUAAAGACGUAAUAAAGUUGCCAGCAAUUUAAUUGAAAAAUCUGCAAAAAUAUACAGCCAGCGUGUACCACAGAGACACUGGGAUACAUAAAAUAAGGAGGCAUUAGUCACUUGGGACGAACUGAUCUCAACAGAUUCAAAAGUGGUGACAGGAUACUACUGGACAUAGCUAUUAAAGAAAUGUGAUCUGGAAGAGACUGGACACUGGAAAUUUAAGUUCCAACUGAGUACACAGUGCUGAAAUUGGGAAAAUUUAAAUUCAAGUACCAAGAAAUGCAGUCCAGAGAUGUGACACAUGUAGAACUCAACAAACCGCCGAAGCUGAGCCAGGGGCGCUGUAAUGCACAGGACUAAUCUGAAGAGACUUAAGACCCACACAAGAGUCUGUACCAGGAAAAAAGCCAUAUUGCUGUUGUGACUGUGUCAAAUGACUUAUUACCAAUUACAAUCUUCAUACCUGCAGGAGAACUCCCUGGAUGUCACAUAUGUUUUAACAAAUUAGUUCUCUCCAUAUAUGUUAUAUUGGAUUUAAGUUUGGGCUUUGGACAGGUCACUUCAGCGUUGUCUUGGCUGUGUGCCUUGGGUGGUUAUUGUGCUGAAAGGUGAACUGUUGCUGUAGUAUGAGCUGGCAUGCAGGUUUUCUUCAAGGACUUCUCUGGAUGUGGCUGCAUUCCUCCAUCCCUCAAUUCUGACCAGCCUUCCUGUCCCUUCUGCUCAGAACCAAUCCUAUAGCAUGAUGCUGCCGCCACCAAACUUCUGUAGAAGAGGUUGGAAUUCUAUUAGGCAGGGGGAUACAUUGUUCCUGGUCUUCUCCAGCCAUAAACUCUUUGGACAGAAUUCCAAGAGCUAAUUUAUUUCUCAUUAGACCAGAGAAUCUUUGACAAAUAGCAUUAAAUGAAUCUGAGAGCAUGAGCACAAACUCCAACCAGGCAUUUUACUCGAAAGUGUCAUCCAUCCAGCCACUCUGUCAUAACUCCCAAUUGAUGGAGUGCUGCUGAGGUGGCCUUCCUUCUGACUAAUUUUCCCAUCUCAGCAUUGGGUUUUGAUGACCUCGCAGACCAAGGCUCUUCUUGCCCAUUUAUUCAGUGCGGAAAAUAUAGUCAAGUUUGGCUCCAAACUUCAUCCAUUUCACAAUUAUUGAAGCCACGGUGCUCCUGGGAACACUCAAACCUUUAGAAAGGAGUUUAUCCCCUUACCCUGAUCUGUGCCUCAACACAAUUUGAUCAUGGAGGUCCACAGUGAAUUCCUUGCACUUCAUGACUUGGUCUUUGUCCUGAGAUACGGCGUGAAUGGUGGGACUUCAAUGCCCAUUCAAUUCAGUUUGCCGUAGGUGAACACCCAUCAAGUUCUAGACACAUCUGAAGAAGAAUUCAAGAAAACAGGAUGCACCUGAGCACAGUUUGUAGUACCACAGCAAAGGGUCCGAAUGCUUAUAUAAAUGAGUUUUACUUUGAUUUUUAAUAAAUCUGCAGGGA